AUGAAAUCUUUUAUUAGAUCACAUAGACAUUCCAAUUCAGUAGAAAAUGAUCAUAGUAUAUCGAAACAUACUUCUGUUACUUUCACGAAUACUUCGGUUACAAAUUUUCAAGAUAAUUUGGAUUUUUCUAACACUCCCAAGAAAAUAAGCUCACAAGAAUUUAAUACCCCACCACCUUCGGUUUAUAAUUUACAUCGCUCAUCACCAUCAAAGCACUCUCCCACUUUUGAAUCUUUUCAUAAAUUGGCUAACAAAACACAUAAAUUGUUUAAGAAAAAUUCUAUUUCUAAUUUACGUUCUAGUCUCGAUUUAACUAGUAAUACUAAUGCUAGUAGCAAAAUUAACAACGAAUUAUUUAACCACAAAAGUAAAAAUCGGAUAUCCUUAUCCUCACUUUCGGGUUCUGACAAAUAUAGCAACGAUGUUGAUAAUAUACCAGUAAUUAAAGGUACAAUAGUACAUUCGUGGGGAUCUUCCAACAACAGACCUAGUGUUGAUAAUAAUAACAAUCUCAGCAUGACUAUCUCGAACAACAGUAAGAAUGUGAAGUUUAAUGAUACCAGCUCAGAAGAUCAUGUUAUAUAUUUAAAUGCGUCUAAUAAUGAUAACAAUGAAUCGUCGAUAAAGGAUAGUAGUAAUGUUGGAAAUCUAAGUCCACCUGUAAAAAUAUCAGGAAGACCAUCUAUUAUUUCUGAUGAAACCGAAAAAAAUUAUUGUAAUAAAGAUCAAUUGAACGUUAAGUUUAUACAGUAUUCUACUUGUAAGAAAUCAGAUGACUUAAGAGAUGUACCAAAUGAAUUAAAUAUUCCAAAAGUGCGAUCAGUCCAUGUUUCAAAAGAACAAAAAUAUAAAAAUAGAAAAGCUCGAAUUCAUUCAAAUGAGGAUUUGUUAUCUUUACAAACUGUUAUUAAAGAUGAUAGAGGAUAUAAUGAUAGAUUAACUCAAAAGUCAGAUAUCUCAUUGGUUAAAAACGAUUCGGCGAUUCCAAGUAUUAUAAUUCAAAAACCAAUAAUAUCAGAUAAGUCAAUAGUGCUAGAGGAUAACAGAGCUAAUGAUAGAGAAAGCGAAAGUGAGGAAGAAAAUGAAAGUGAUGUUUCAGAAUUUUCUUUUGAAUAUUCUCGUCUUAAUGGAAGAACAUCAUCUGUAAAAUAUUAUUCUAAACCAGAGGAUGAGGAAGCAGCAAUAAAUAACGGGACAGUAUAUAUUAAUGAUAUCUAUGAGGAUGAAAAUUUUGAUGAAGAUAUGAAUUAUGAUGAUGGAGAUGAUAUGGACGAUAUAAAUUACAGUUUCUAUGACUUGACUGACAAUAAUACAGAUCACAUUGGACUAAAUAACAAUUACGAAAGUAAUAAUAAUGUAGAGGUUCCUAACAAAAAAUCAGUAACCUUGAAAAAACCCAUAACAAAGUAUAGUGACUUAUUUGAUGAAACUUCCAGUGAUAAUGAUGAAUAUAUGGAUGAUAUAACUUUUAAAGACGAGAAAUACAUAAAUAAUAUAUCCAUCAUACAACCAGUUAUUGAAGCAGGUCAUAAAGUGAAUAGCUAUAAUGAUUUAUUUGAUAUAUCUGAUAGUGAUGAUAUUGAAAAUGAUAAUAGAUACAAUGGUGAUACAGUAAUGAAAGACAAUAAUGAAUCUAGGAACACACAACAAAGUAAUGGCUGUAUUAAUCUAUUUAAUGGUAUCUCUAAAAAUGAUUAUGUAAAUAGGGAUGAUAAUCCUCUAAUGGGCUAUGAAUCGAUAAAGAAUAAUUAUUUUCUUAGCAAAAAUGAUAAUGUUGAACAAAUAUGUGUUAAUUCAAAAAAAACAAAAGUAAAUAAUAUGCAAGCCGAAUCAAUACCAACAAGUAAUCACCAGCUUCGGUCAUUUGAUGAUUUAUUUCAUAUUUCUGAUGAAGAAGAGAAAGGAAAUGCUGAAAUGCCAAAUGAGGGUAAUGACAAAAUAAUAACUGAAUCGUCGCAGAGCGGCUCAUGUUGUGUUAUAGAAGAUCAAGAAAAAACACUUAUGAUCAACAGUGAUACACCAUUAAUACUAGAAGAUUCUAAGAUUCUAAAAAGUUUUGAACCUAAAGAGAAUACUGGUAAAAAUAUUACCAAAUAUAGUGAUCUAUUUGAUCUAUCAGAUGAUGAUGAUGCGAUAGAUUCUGCGGAAGAUGUUGCAUUUUAUGUAAAUCAAGAAUCAUUGUUAAAUUCCCCAAUUAAUUCUAUUUCCGAUGAUCGUGAAAUGAGAACUUAUUUGUCCAAUGCCAGUAAUUUAUGGGAUAGAAACCAAACUCCAAAAUUACCUUUAUCGAUAACUACUAAUAUUAAUUCUCAAUUAUUAAGUGUUAAACCAAUAAAGAAACCAUUUGAUAGAUCUUACAAAAGUUCCUCUGUACUAGCAGAUGAUUAUAAUGACGAAACUGAUACCGAAAAUGAAUCAUUAACUCCUCUAACAUCUCAUUUAGAUAUACCAUCACCUCUUAACUCAAGACAGUUUACUCCAAUUAAGAACAUCCUGUUAUCCCCUAUUGUAAGCAAAAGCAAAAAUACUUCUGUUCAGGCAUCCGGUAAUAUAGUGUCUUCACAGCCUUUACCACCUACAGCUAGAUCUAACGUACUAAAAUAUCAUGACUUAAAUUCUAACUUGGAUUCGGAAGUCCCAGGAUUGACAAGUACGUUAUAUUUUAUUGAUGAAGCCGAAGAAGAUGAAUAUAAUAAUAAUAACAAGGACAAACAUGAUUUUGAAGAGGAUGGUUAUACUUAUGACUUGGAUGAAAUUAAUAAAGUUCCAGAAGAUUUUGAGUUCUCAGAAGAGGAAGUCGCUAGAAGUAGAUCAAGACAUUUGCGGACUACUUUUGGUUCACCUUUAAGUUUCCGCCGAAUUCAUAGUUAUUAUUCAAAACCAAUAGGUGUACCUCGAGGAAACACACCAUUGAAUAAUAGAAUAGAAAUUAACAAUAAGACUGUUACCUUUUUUAAUCGAAAUUGGUCCAAUAAUGCUACGAAUAAUCUUAGUGUUCUGAAUUACGGGAGUGUUGAAAGUAGAACACCUCCUUCGAGGUCACCUUUAACAUCUCCGUCAAAGAUGGAUAAAAAUAACUCAAAAAAUUUUUCUAAACUAUCCCCUAUAAAUGCGAUUAACAGUCAGUACUCUUUAAGUCCCAUUCAAGAAUCAUCGUCAGUAGCAAAUUCACCAGAAAGAAUAUAG